CUCAAACUGUUCGGCCUUUUUAUGUCAUAAUAUACUCAAGAGAUGAGGAUCAAUUUCCAAGAGUAAAUUAAGCUGCUUUCGAAACCUGUUAACAUCUGAUAUACCGGUUUAGGAACCUUCUAGGAAAAGUUGUGAUCCUUUUUGGUACAGAACCUGAUUAAAUUUCGAAGUUAAAGGUUCCGUGACACUCUGUCAUAAAGCUCAUUGUCGACUUGGAUGAAAUCUCUAAUUCUGCUUUUAUCCUGAAAGCGAGCUCCAACCAAUUUGUUUAUUCAGCUAAAUGCGAAUGAAUAUUGCAUAAUGUCCGGUGUUCAUUUGAGAGAGUUGCUAGGGUCGUAACACCUGUAACUUGCCUUAGGACUUCAAUACCUGAGUUUGGACGUCAUUCAUCGUCAAUUAGAGCACAGUGUCUCUGCACCUUAUGCCGAGCAGGUAUUAAAGUAAAGAUAAAAAGAUAAAAUUUACUGCGCUAAAUGGUUUUUAUUUUGGGUUCCCACUGUUAUCUGAGGCUGCUCCUACCACGCAUUGACAACUUAGGUCGAAUUGAAUUGAUCAAACGCCUCAAAUGGGCGCUCUGUGGUAUGAAAGUCCAAAGAUUAGUCAAGAUGUGGGAGGCAUUAAAAUUGAGAAGUACUCCUUGACAAACAAACAAACACUGCUGGAGUGUCUGUUACCACUGGGGCACCAAAGAUUCUUGGGAAUGCUUGAUUAUGAGCUUCUAUAAACAAAAACUAUUUUGAAUUAAAAUUGCAUUUCGAAACCGUAUUCACUCGAUGCGGCUCUCUCGGCCACAAUCAGUGAGGGAAGUUUUAGUGCAGAGAAAUCGCGCUUGUAACGUCUUGGAACGAAGAAAAGGUUAGAUUCACGAGGCAAACAUAUCGUUUCCACUAUCAAUUAUCAUUUCACACAGUGGUGACCUUCCGUCGUGAAGGUACAGCGAUAGCGGUUCCGUUUUGUACAUACUAAAAAAGGGAAGAUAUUUUGAAAUCGAAAAUUUCUGAAGGGCGGACGCCGUGAACUUGAUCGGUUUCCUGCAAUGACAAUGUGCUCUUGACGAGGGGCUGAAACUGUUCACAAGAUGAAUAAUUCGACCACGACGAACGUUUCUGACACCGAAACUGGAUCAAAAAUACCCCUUGGUUACCACAUUGUGGCCUAUAUGGUGCUUGUACUGGGAUUCUCUGCCAAUUCCUUCAUUUGUUUCUCCUUCGCCUAUUUCAGACGAGUACGAUCUUUGAAUAACUAUUUUGUCGUGAACCUGGCUGUUAUUGACAUUUUAUUCCUAGUUCUCCUCUGUUUCCAGUUAGCGGCGCCGGCGCUGAAAAAAAAAAUGUUACUUAAAGAUUUUUCUUACUUAGUGGAGGCUUUGAUCAUCAUAGAAACAUUCUGCUACUCGGCAUGCGUGGCCGCGGUGACGAUCAUAAGCUAUGAUCGGUACUAUGCCGUCACUAAACCUCUCCACUACACCACCAGCAUUACCCACACUAAAGCUAUAAUUUUUAUUGGUAGUAAUUGGACCUAUGCAACAGUGAUGGCAUUACUACAAUUCCUUAUUUAUCUUCCCAAUGAGAAUUAUUUUAAAUAUGGUUACCUUUCUUUAAUGGGACUUACCAAUGCAUUGAUUCCUCUGAUUGUCGUACUAUAUUGCUAUGUGAAGAUCUUCAUUAUCGCUUCACGACACUUACGACAUAAUCCGCACCGUGGACGAGACCGGAACGGCGAGGCAAGUGUGUUCUCAAAGAACCUGAGGAUAGCAUUUCAUAUCCUUGUUUUGGUAGCCCCUAUUCUACUUUUCUGGAGCGCUUUCUGCGCUGUAACUAUAACAGAGUUUCACUGCUCAGAUUGUAUCCGCGAUUUUAGUACUCUGGGUAUAAUAAUGAGUAUGGGUCCAAAUGUGACAGCUUCAGUCGAUCCGAUUAUUUAUAUUUUCCUGACCAAAGAUUUCCGAGAGAUCAUUUGUGGCUGGUUUAGACUCCACAGUCCUUUCCCCGUAAGCGAGACUUUUCACCUUUCAACGACAAAGUCAACAAACCAUCAGGUUUUGCCGGCGUCAGAAAGACUGGUCAGCGAAAGCGGCGAUUCUUUAGCGGGUUCUUAUCGUCAUUAUUAAACAUUUUUGCUACCCUUGUGGUUUGGCAAGGUUUGAUAGAAAGCGCGGGAAGGCUUUGAUCAGCGUGACGUGAAACGAAAAUGCUGAGACAAAUAAGGAAGCGAGAGUUUGAAUAUUAGAAAACGAAAUAUCAUGUAACUUUGACCUCGUAAAUAACAGAAGAACAACAUGCAAAGGAAUAUUGAAAAAUUUACAAAACAGACUAAAGAACUCGACGGAUUUGGCUUCUACAUCUACAUAACAAAAUUGAAACUAAAGCGGACCAGAUAACGAAAAUCUACUGAUAAUUCCAGUUUGCUGAAUUUUUUUCUUAUUUAUUAGAUGAUGUCAUAUCUGAUAAAAAUAUAUACAUAUAGACGGCCCUAAAUUAAAAAAAGAAAAGAAAGGAAUCUAAAACGGCCAUUAAAAGAAAAAAGCGGUCUAGUUUUGAAGAUAUCGCGAGCAGUUGUUGCUAAGGACUUUGUCCUUGACAGUUUAGAAUUAGCGGACAGACGACAGUUAGAACAUUCUUUUUAAACCGUCCAGCAGUUUAAGUUUAAUGAUCGUUUCCACAGAAAAAUUUAUUAGUAUGCUUGCAAUUUCCAAAGCACUUACAGAGGAAAAUCAUUUUAAACAGACUACCGGCAGCUCUGAUGAACGUCCUCCAUCUUGAAUGAGGCUUUGUCCAAAUGUUUUUGGAUCUGUUUGACAUAACAGCUAUUAUAAAUUACGAAGGAUUGAUCGACGUGUUAGGUGAAAAAUUUCCUAGACAAACACACAAAAAGAUCAUAUUUUAAUGUAUAAAAUGCAAAUAUCUACCAAAAGAGACACUGUUGUUUUUCUUUUUCUCUUUCAAUUUCAAUCGCGCGAUGGGAACAAAAUUGUUUUGGUAUUGUAUGUACAUACACUGAUAUCCGUGGAACCCAAUGAUAUUAAAAUCUUGAUUACUAGAGACUGAAAAUGCGGCCUUCAUUGGACUGACUCUGAUGGCAGGUGUAUGUAAUGUCGCUCUUCUUCUCUUCACCAAUUUGCAAUUAAUUUCUACUUGGCAGGGACACACGUCAGGAACUGGAGAAGCUUGGAAAAAGCUUUACACGUAGUUUUAGAUGAUCAUUGUAUUUAUUUACUGAAGGUACACAAGUACUCCCUUUUGAGUAAAUCCUUCUAGUUGAAAGAAAAAUUUUGGGAACUCUUACAAAGAAAAGCUAAGUUCCGAGAAGUCUAAAAGUAGAUUUGAAGCAAUUUGGAUGAUAAAUGAAUGAUUUAUGUCUUCAGUUCAUUAAAAGAAAACGUACGGCGCAACAGUCCUUCUAUAAACGACCAACGGAAGAGGAAAUCAAAGAGAGAAUUAACAACUACAGAGUUGCAUGCAAGUUUGACUGCACCAAUAUUUUAACUGUUUUAUUUCAAACAACGAGAAAAUAGUUUAAAGCUGAUUUGGAUCAAUAUCGUAAAACUCACCUCGUUAGAAAGUGGAGAAUUUUAAAUCCGAAUUAAAGAAAUAACAUUCAUAAUUCAUAGUAUAAAGAAUUAAAUCGACUUAAAAGGUUUUAAAAUCAAAUCAAUUUUUAAAACUCCGUAAUGUUUAGGAUGAUGAAACCGUAUAUUGACAGAAGUUUGCAAAGAUUAGUCCUUUCUAUUAUGUAUAAUGUUAUGUCUGUAAAGCAAUAAAGACAAA